ACGCUCCGCCGUAAGACGCACGGCCAAUGGAGGCCUUUGCCGAGGCAACAGGAGUACAGUCGCCUUCGGCGGCGACUGUCAAGCAGCUGCGUAGCUUUCUGGAAAGCCAGGGUGCUGAGCUCAAGUCGAGGAUGCGCAAGGCCGAGCUGGUAGCCAUGGCGACUACGCUGGUAGAGGCCGGGGAGGAGGCCGAGUCAAGGGAGGAGGCCGAGACUGGGGCUGUUGUCGGGGUUGAGGCUGUGACUGCGAUCAAGGCCGAAGCUGCUGGUGAGUGGAGCGCGGCGCAGAUCCGAGCAGCGGCAACGCGGACAACGUCGGUGGUGCUGGCGGUGUGGGCGUACAUCGUGGUGUACUCGCUGGUGGUGAGCGCGAUCACCGAGGCCCCGUGGUGGGCCAUGGUGGCAUACUACGCCAUCGGAAUGGGCUUCCUGUACAACAUGCACUGGUUAGUCCAUCAGCCGUGGGCUUGGCCCAUCUACACUGCACACGCCUAUCACCAUGAGGUCGAGUGUCCACCGACAGCGUUCUUGGCCGGGGCCGAGGGCUCGUGGUUGGAGCGUGUGGCGCUGACCUCUGGCGGGCUGGCCAUCAUCGCUGCAACCGUUGUGCUGCUCGGUGUUCCGGUCGGCGUCGCUGUUGGUGCCCUCGGACUGUAUGCCUGGAUGGGCGCGCUCGGCUCGUACAUGCAUGGCGCGUUCCACACUCGCGAUCACUGGCUGGAGAAGCACGACUGGUUCCGCGUCCUCCGUGCCAUGCACUACAUCCACCACGUCGGCGACCGGCCCGGCUACGGCAUUGACGUCGACGUCCUCACCCAGCCGCGCAUGGCCGAGGCCUGUGCGCCGCUUACUCCCGACUCGCUUGUCCUUGUCUCGCACUAUGCACAGGUCCCACCGCCGGAUGGGUUUCUGGCUUUGGCGCCAGUGACGCGCUCCCACAUUGCGGCUGCGGCGCAGGUCGGGCCGCUCAUUGCAUACUCGCUGUCAAUGGAGAUCCCGCUGCCGCUACCCGGCCCGGCCGGUGGCUUUCCGGACACGCAGCAGCGUAUGGAGUGGGCUGUCAGCCGCGGGUUUGGCGCGCUCCUCGUCCGCCUCUCGCUCUCGGUGGCGCUCGCGCUCACGUGGAUCAUCUCGCACAACAUGCUCACCUCGAUGUCGGUCACCGUCGAGCCCAAGCAGGCGGCAUCGUUCGCCAUCGGCGACACCCUGCACGAGAUCACCUAUCUCUGGCACCACUACCUCGCAGCCUAUCCCGAGACAGCCGCGGCUAUCAUCCUGGGCCUCGACGCUCUCAUCGACAUUCUGGUCUUCUCCAUCAUUGUUGUUGCCGUCAUGGGUCCGACCAUGCGACCAGUCUUUUCCGGAUACGCCUCGGUUGUUCUCCGCCAGAUCGCUCAGCUCCUCUGCGAGCUUCCGGCCCCCUCGUCGUCGCUGUGGACGCCGUCGGCGUCGAGCCCGCUCCUCUUCCACGCCUACGCCACUAAUGUGGACUUUUUCUUCUCCAUGUACCCCGCCAUCGCCGUCGUCGCCUCGGUCGAGCUCCUCCGUAUCCUUCCCCGGGGGGCGGCCAUCCAGACCACGCUGACCACCUGUGGCGCCAUCGUCCUCGUCGCCGGCAUUUCGAUCCUCAUCGCCAUCCUCCGCAUGGACUGGACGCUCUCGCUCUUCACGGGCGUCCUCGCCGGUGCCUUUGCCGUCCUCGUCGGCGCUCGUCCAGCCCACUGUGGGCCGCCGGCAAGCGAGCUGCUGAGGCUGAAGUCGAGCCUUAAGCGGACGGUGGCCGGCAUCCACGCUCGGGCGGUGGCGCGCGCCCGGGCGGCGGGAUCGAACGCUGUCUUUCCACCCACGGCCACCCUUGCACCCGAACCGCAUGCGGUGUUGGAUCCGAUGACAGCAGCAGCAGAGGAUGGCGCGGUGCUGGCCAGCAAGUUGGCGGUCGAUGCCGAUGGGCCCAGGCUGAGCAUCGCGACGUACAACCUGUGGAACACCAAUCCACCGUGGGAGGCGCGCGCCAAAGCCAUGGCGGCAAUGCUCAACGCGCUCGCUCCGCAAGUCCUUGCUCUGCAAGAAGUACGCAUUCUGCCCGACGGUGGCAAUCAAGCCGACGCACUCAUCGCCAUGCUCCAGCCGCAGUACUCGGUUGUUUAUGCCCGGGUCCUCGGCACACCGGGCUCGGCUGAUGAGGAAGGCAUCGCGCUCGCCACCACACUCGACAUUGUCUCGUCGGCGGAGCAUCCGCUGCCGCCGAUGACAGGCAACGCUGUGCGCAUGCUGCUUCACGUGAGGCUUCGGCUGCCUGGUAGCGGCGACGACGACGACGACAGCAAUCUCCUCGACGUCUUUGCCACUCACUGGCCAGUCUACGACUAUGAGCAGUGCAACACGGCGCUGCAGGUUGCCGCCAUUGCCCGCAAGGUGUGGGCCUCAAACGGCGGGCGCAUCGCACAGAUCGUUCUCGGCGACUUUAACGCAUACUUUGAUUUUGACGAGCCGAUGCGCAUCCUGACCGAGCCGAGCUCACCGUUUGUGGCUGCGCUUGCCGGCGACGCGCUACCAAGCGAUCGCCCGUUUGUGGACGUCUUUGACGUGCUGCAUCCGGCCCACCCGCCGCGUGCGCCACCCGAUGUCGGCGCCGACGGCAAGCUGCCCGAGCGGUGGUGGGGCGCACCCGAAGUUCCUGUCGGCACCACCUUUUCCAACUUUGCUGACCAUCGCAUACAGGACUCAUCACGGCCCGACCGUAUCCUUGCCCGGGGCGAUGGCCUCCAGCCGCGCUCCGUCCACACCUUUGGCGGCGAGCCGCUCGCCGAGCUCUUUGCCGGCUACCCGAUGUUCCCGUCCGACCAUCGAGGCUCCAAGCGAACCAAGCCGCUCAAGGUCAAGCUCAAGAUGUCAGAGCCUUCCCCAAUGCCUCAGAUUAGGAUCAAGAUGGGUGGGCCCAAGUCGCCGGACGCGUCCGAGUCGAUGGACGACGACUCCGAGUGGGACGGGUCGGACGUCGACACGGCACCGCGGAAGCGCAAGCGCAAGAACAAGUCCAAGGCCAAGGCCAAAGCCAAGGCCAAGACACGGAGUCAGCGCAAGAAGAAAAAGAAGAAGAAGAAGAAGAAGAAGAACAAGUCGCGUCGUCGUGCGGCAUCGUCCGACUCGGGCUACGAGUCGUCGUACACACCAUCGUCAGGCCCGUCGUCAGAGGGGUGCUCGUCGUACUCAGCCGUGUCAGACUCGCUCUCGCUACCGUCGGUCGAGUCGUCGGAGGGCUCGCGCGAAACCAAAAAGGCACGGCGGCGUGCCAAGGCGCGGAUGUCUGCGGCGAAGCUGAAGGGCGAGGGCGUGAGCAAGGAGCCAAAGAAGCCAAAGCGCAAGCCAGGCAAAGGCAAGCGGUCUCGGAAGAGGGGCGCGGCUGGUGAUGGGGACUACGAGCAAGCACCAGAUCAGCCGGCGGUGUUUGGAGUCCAGCAGGCCGGGACCGGGACCAUCAUCCGCGACUGCUCGAAUCUCAAGCUCAAGCCCGACUCUGCCACCCGUCCGAUCUGGAUCACCGACGACGGUCACAUCUUUCUCGAGUCGUUCUCGCCGCUGUACCAGAUUGCGUGCGACUUUCUUGUGGCGGUAGCAGAGCCAGUCUGCCGCGCGCGGCUCAUCCAAGAGUACAAGCUCGGGCGGUUCUCGCUCUACGCCGCCAUUUCGGUCGGUCUUGAUGCCGACAAGAUCAUCAAGGUCUUGGACAAGCUCUCCAAGGUCACCAUUCCGCAGCAGGUCAUUAACGAUGUCCGCACAGCAGUGGCCAACUACGGCAAGACCAAGAUUGUGCUCCGGCAGUCGCGAUACUACCUCGAAACGACGACGCGCGACGUGCUCGAGUUUCUGUUGACCGACCCGGAGCUCGCCGACACGAUUGUAGUCCCGUCGCGGGACGACGAGGCCGGCGGGAGCGGUGGCAGUGGCGAGGUGCCUGCCGACGCGGCGGUGACUGGCGCGACCAUGUCGUAUGCCGAUGCCAUCAUGGCCAUGGCCACCGGCAAGUCUGCGGCGGCGGUGGCGGCAGCAGCCAAGACAACGAGCAACUCGGGCCGCAGCCUUGCGGACCGAGUCAUUCAGCGGUAUGUGCCCGGGGCAAGCGAGACGCGAGCCGGGCUCGACGACGUGCUCCGAGGCACGCAGACGCACAUGCAGCGCGAAGGCGACGGCGGCGAGCUAGCGGCAUUGGCGAGUGGCGACGGGCGCGAGGCCGACGACGACGACGAUGGGCUGGACGUGUUUGGCGCGGCAUACGCCGACGCACACGAGCGGUUCUUUGUGGAGUUUAUUCCCAACCAGGUGAGCAAGGUGAGGAUGCGAGCAACCAAGCUCGACUUUCCGGUCCUCGCCGAGUACGACUUUCGUAACGACGACGCCAACGCCUCGCUCGACGUCCACCUCAAGCCGAUGACCUCGAUUCGGCCGUACCAGGAGAAGGCGCUGCGCAAGAUGUUUGGCAACGGGCGCGCGCGGUCGGGAAUCAUUGUCCUGCCGUGCGGCGCCGGCAAGACGCUGGUGGGGAUCACAGCGUGCACGACGAUCAAAAAGUCAUGCAUCGUCAUGUGCACCUCCGAAGUGGCGGUCGAGCAGUGGAAGCGCCAGUUCCAGUUGUGGUGCCAGAUUGAUGAGUCGUGCAUCAUGCGGUUUACCAAGGACUCGAAGGACUUUGACGAGGUGCUCGCCACCCGCGACUACAAGCGACCGAUUAUUGUCAUCUCGACCUACACCAUGAUUGGGUACGCCGGCAAGCGGGCAAACAAGUCGAAGAAGGUCAUGGACUACAUCCGGGCCCGCGAGUGGGGCCUGCUUGUCCUCGACGAGGUCCAGGUUGCGCCAGCGGACAACUUUUCGCGGUGCUGCAAGGACCUGCAGUCGCACUGUAAGCUCGGGCUGACAGCGACGCUCGUCCGCGAGGACGAUCGCAUCAAGGACCUCAACUACCUCAUCGGGCCGAAGUUGUACGAGGCCAACUGGCUGGACCUGCAGGACGCCGGGUACAUUGCACGGGUGCAGUGCGCCGAGGUGUGGUGUCAGAUGACUCCGGCAUUCUACCGCGAGUAUCUGCGGGCCGAGGAGAAGCGGCGCAAGCUGCUCUACGUCAUGAAUCCGAACAAGUUCCUCGCCACCGAGUUUCUCAUCCGCUACCACGAGCGGCGCGGCGACAAGAUCCUGGUCUUCUCGGACAACCUCUUUGCCCUGGAGCAGUACUCGGAGCUCCUACAGAAGCCGCUCAUCUGCGGCGCCACGCCGGCGGCGGAGCGGCUGCAAAUCUUGUACCAGUUUCAGCACAACCCGGCGCUCAACGUGGUGUGCAUCUCCAAGGUUGGCGACAACUCGAUCGACCUUCCGGGUGCGUCGGUGGUCAUCCAGGUCGCGGCCCACUACGGCUCACGGCGGCAGGAGGCGCAGCGGCUCGGGCGCAUUCUCCGGGCCAAGGUCAACACCGACGGCGGCUUCAACGCCUUCUUCUACUCGGUUGUCUCCAAGGACACUCAGGAGAUGGCUUACUCGUCGAAGCGGCAGCAGUUUCUAGUCAACCAGGGCUACUCGUUCAAGGUCAUCUCGCACCUCCCGCACACCACGCCCGAGCCGGGCUCGAUGGUCGAGGUCCUGAUGCGCAAGGAGACCCAGGACCGGCUGCUCACUAACGUCUUGCACGCCUCGAUCGAGGCUGGCGAGACCGAGCGCGACUACGACGACGCCGACUACCUCAACAGGGCCACUGGCGCCGCCACCCGCGUCGUCUCCUCGAUGGACGCCAUCGGCUCGACCGGCUCGGGCCUCGUGUACUCGAUCUUCAACCCGGUCGCUCGCCGUGCCAAGCCCAAGCGCAAGCCCAAGGCCCGCCGUGGCCGUGCUGACCUCCCGCAGGGCUCGCUCUUCAAAAAGUUCUUCCAGCCCAAGGUGCGGUCCAAGGAGGAGAAGGAGGCUGCUGCCCAAGCGCUCCGCGAGCAGCGACUCAAGUCCAAGUUCAUGCCGGCUACGCUGAUGUAGACGGCUUGCAAGGAAAACAAACACGAUGCCAUGGAACACACAUGAACACUCUUGCG